AUGCUGUUCUUUGCCAAAAUCAAGCGCACUGAUGGCUGCGUGAGCAGCCCUCAGAAUUUCAUUCCAUUUCAUGCCAUUGCUCAAGUAGAUCACGUUGUGAGGAUACUUUUGGGUUUCCUGGUUUUUCUGACCAUCUUGAAAACCCUCAGGUAUUCCAGAGUCUUCUAUGAUGUGCGACUGGCACAGAGGGCCAUCCAAAUUGCUCUUCCUGGCAUCACCCAUAUGGCCUUUGUGGUAUCAGUUUAUUUCUUUGUGUACAUGGCUUUUGGCUACCUGGUAUUUGGCCAGCAUGAAUGGAACUACUGUAACUUGAUUCAUGCCACACAGACAGUCUUCUCCUACUGCGUCUCAGCUUUUCAGAACACCAAAUUCUCUAGUAACAGGGUCCUCGGUGUUCUAUUCCUCGCAUCUUUUAUGCUCAUCAUAAGCUGUAUUUUGGUCAACUUGUUUCGGGCUGUGAUUCUGUCGGCCUAUGAGGAGUUGAAGCAGCCUGUCUAUGAGGAGCCAUCCGAUGAAGCAGAAGCAAUGACCUAUUUGUGUCAUAAACUAAGAAUGCUUAUUCGUUUCCUGACCUGCCAACCCAGGACCAAAGAGGAACCUGAGUUUGUCACUGACAUGUUGUAUGGGCAACCAGAGAAGAAGACUCGUCAGUACCUGGGGCUGAAGACAAGACUCGUUAAUGGGAAGAAAGUGGCUUACAUUGUUGUUUGAGCAAUGAGAAUGUCAAGAGCCUCUAGGAAGACACGUCACAGACAGACCCAGGUUCAGUUGGAGGGGUUCAGGCAUAUAUAGUGUCUAUCUCCUGAUUUUCACCCAUGCCCUC